AUGUCCGAUUUCGAUGACAUUUAUGAUUCUCCACACAAAAAGAGAAAAAUACUGUCAGAAGGCUCAAACGAAGCUCAAGAAAAACGAUUAAUUCCUGAAGUGUUUGACAUAACAGAGUCAUUAGAAAAAUCAUCAAGCACCAGUUCUAUUGGGGAAGUCGAAUUACCUAAUAAAAAAAUAUCAAAAAUUCUAGAAGUCCCAGAUCCACCCAAAGUAGACGAACAAAGCAGCGCAAAGCCUCACUCAAUUUGGCUUGCUGCCUAUAGAAAACUCAGCUUUGGGCCAAUAGGAUGCUCCUACAUUAUUAAAAAUCCUUCUAAUGAAGUCUUAAGUAAAUCAGUGGACACCUAUUAUACAAACUCAAAAUCAUUGGGGUUGCUAAAGCACGCUGUUUUUGCAAUUAAGUUUUGUGCUGAAAAUAAAAUCAAUGACAUCAUUAUGUAUACAGAAGAGGAUAGCAUUGUCCAGACUUUUGACCAAAAAUCCAGGGCUUCAGUCGUUCGAUAUUAUAAGCAGUGAAUUGAAAUUACUGGGAUGCUAAAUCGGCUCGGGAUCAAUUGUAGGUGAAAAUGGGCAUAUAAGACGACAAAUGCAGAAGCGUGCAAAAUGGCGAAGGAUUGGUUUGAAAGCCAAGUAAUAGAGGAAGUGGAAGAGUGGUCUGCUAAGCAAUUAGAUAGUUUAAUAUAG